UGAGGCCCACCAAUCCCAAAACGGUAUGUAGGGGCAGAGCCAGUCACAAAAUGGUGGCAGAUAGAGGCACAGUUUGGCAAUUACUGACAUAAUUUUUGACUGAUACCUAAUCCAUGUUUGGAAAUUGCAAAAUGCUUUUCCACAGUGAUUUUGGUGGGGCAAGGAGUUCCACAGCUCAGCUUUCCUCAAGCUAAAUACAGCCAUUUGCUCUGGAGGUAUCAUGAUUCAGCCUUCCCCUGUAGGCAGCACAACCCACAUGACUCUCAAAGUAUUUUUACUCAUUUCCUGUAACUUCUCCUCCCAUUCUCUUUUCAUACUCAACUUAUAUCUCAUUUCCCCUCCCCCUAGUCUGUUUCCUUUAUCCCUUCUCCCUGCCCCUUUUGCAUUCACUUCUUCCCUCUGUAACAGCUUUCCUCUCUUAUCCUCUUCCUUUCUAUCCCCAAUGUGUAAUUAUUGUUAUAAAUAUUAACCAUCUAUCUCACUUUCCUCCGUGGCAUGAAGAUCCUCCGUGGCGCAGAGUGAGAGGUGUGUGAGAUUCUUCCUGUGGAAUUGGUCAGCAAUGAAAAUGGAGGUGCAAGAGCCACAAGGGUGUACGCAAGGGGAUAGACCUCAGGGUGUCAGACAAGACCCUCACAGUCUCCAGGCUGGAAGUAUCAAAGAAGUCCUUCAGAGAAUACCUGGGGCGCAGCUGGUUAAACAGGAGCCAUUUCACCAGCACUGGGAAGCGCAAUGGCAGGAGUUCCUGAAGACUGUGGAAUCUCCCCAGUCCCACUGGGCAGCCCCACAGUUGCUGGAGGAGCCCAGACCAUGGGAUGACACGAAAGCCUUCCUGGGCUCCUUUGAGCAAGUGGCUGAAGCCUGCCAGUGGCCUAAGGGGGAGUGGGCGACCCGACUCUUGCCAGCCCUCAGAGGGGAAGCCGAGCAGGCCUUUAUUAGGCUGGAGGCCAGAGACAGAGAGGAUUAUGGGAAGGUGAAAGCAGCCAUCUUGCAGAGGGACGCCAUGAGGAGGGAGCACCAGCGCCAGCACUUCAGGCGUUUCUGCUACCAGGAGGCUGAGGGGCCACGAGGGGCUUAUAGCCGGCUCCGGGAACUUUGCCACGGGUGGCUGAAGGUGGAGCGAAACACCAAGGAGCAGAUCCUGGAGCUGCUGAUCUUGGAGCAGUUCCUGACCGUCCUGCCCCUGGAGAUCCAGAACUGGGUGAGGGAACGGGGCCCAGAGUCCUGUGCUUUGGCAGUGGCCCUGGCUGAGGAUUUCCUGCAGAUGGAACAGGAGGCCAAAGGACAGGAACGAGAGAUGCUGACUCUACUGGAAGAGGCAGCCGCAAGCUCCUUGGAGGCACAGCUGGAUGCAUCUGGCUCAGGAGAAAGUGAACGACAAAGGGAGGUCAAGCGAGAGCAUGAUGGGACUACCAAGAUGUUUGGGGAUUACAUGGAAAUGAGUGAGUGUGAGGAGAAGAGCAGUCACCGGGAAAGUGCUGCGAUGGUAGAGCUUGAUGAGGCCUUCCAAAGGAAAGUGACGGAGAGCAUUUCACAGGACCCGGAAGAAGGGAAAGCCUCUGAGGACCAGCACAGCUCAAAGAGUCAGGAACGAAAGCUCCCAAAGAACAGACCAAGGAAAUCUGCCCCUGCUGUGGCCAAUAAGGCCUUUGCUGAAAGUCUAGUGUGGUACAAAGGGGAGGCCCACUCUAUUCCUGAUGAAGGGUUCAGGGAGGACUUGGGCCUUCCGAAACAUAAAAGAACCCACACUCAGGAGACUCCAUUUCAGUGCCCCAAGUGUGGGAAGAGUCUCAGCCGCAAAGACCACCUUAUGAGGCACCUGCGCAUCCAUUUGGCAGAAAAAACCCACAAAUGCUGUCAUUGUGGGAAGACCUUCUUUGAGCGUUCGGACCUUAUCAGACAUGAGAGGAUCCACACAGGGGAGAGGCCAUAUAAAUGCACCUUCUGUGACAGAGGUUUCAGUCACAAAUGGCUCCUUAUCAAACAUGAAAGGAGCCACACGGGCUAGAGAGCCCUCCAUAGUGUGUCCAUGGGUAGGGGACAGUUUAAUAAUCAAAGAAGUGGAACUGAUUGGGUCCUUCUAAAGAAGAGCAACAGAUUUCCCAUGAUCCAGAAUUUUGGUUAAUCUUAACAAUGGCUUUGUGGCCUUCCAGAUGCUGGUCAGGGAUGAUGGGAGUUGGAGUCCAACAACACCUAAAGGGUCACAGGUGCCCAAUCCUUGGUUUAGGGAAGCAAGAUCAGAAACCAUGGUUUGAAGGGCAUCAGGUUGGGGAAGGCUGAUGGUUUAGUCCAAACACUGCCAGUCUGUCUCAGAAAAUCUUAUUUCAGAAUGUCUUCUUAAGUGACUGUAUAUUCAGGAAGAACCUAUAGAUUUUAUCACAGUGUUUUACCCCAUGAGGGAGGUGGAUGGGAAGGAUUUUUAGAAGCAAUUGUGCUUGUGGCACAAUCUGGAGGGAAAGUUGUCUGUACCUCACAGGACUGGUAUUUCAGCCAAGAUCUCUAACAUACUGAAUCUCAAGUUUAACAUUUUCACUCAUUUUUAUCAUAAUGUCCCCAUGCCCAUUGAUCCAUACUGAGCUUUUACUGUGAGUUGGUUAUCGUUUUUUUUAAUAGGGGCUGGAUGGCCACUGAGCAGCGAAGCUGCAGCAUUGGAAUUCCUGCAUGGGCGGGGGUUUGGACUAGAAUAAAUUCACCUAGGUCAUGGGCAGGAAACCUGUGACCCUCUAGAUCCAGGGUAGGGAAUCUCAGGCCCAGGGGCCAACUUUGGCCCACCAGGCCAUUCCUGACAAACCAUUCCCACCUGCUCCACACCUGAAAUCCUGUGUGACCUGAACUGUGGGACAGGUACUGAUGUGGCUUGAGAAGGAGCAACUGGGAGCAUAAAGUGAGCUCCCACUUGUUCCUUCGAUGGUGCAAGGUGUGCUCCUGCCACAUGUCUGCUGAUGGGCAGUGGGAGUGCACCUUGCUGCAGGAGCAGGAAGCAGUUUGCUUCGAAACCACAGCUCAAGUGGAGGGAAUGUGCAUUCAAAGAGGCUCAUCAUCUGACAUCACCCGUGAGGGAUAGGGGAAAUGCGCAUCUGGGCCGCCAGGAGAAAAAAUAUUCCACAUCCUUACUCCAGAUGUUGCUGGACUACAACUCCCAUAAGCCCUGACCAUUGGCUGGGGCUGAUGGGGGCUGUAGUCCAAAACAUCUGGAGGGCAAUAGGUUCGGGGAGGCUGGACUUGAUGAUCUUUGAGGUUCAUUCCAACUUUGAUUUGUAAUCGCCAAAACAAAACAAAAAUAGUUUAUCCAGAUGUGACCACCUUUAGGAUUGGCCUUCUCUCAAACAAAAAAGGCAGCUGAAUAUAACCUUGAUGCCAGGAUGCCAUACAUUCUGAUAAACCCCACUGUCUCUCAGGCCAAGACAGCAAUUUUAGUUAGGGAUGUUAGGGCACCUCCUUUGUGAAGAUACCCUUAAGCACUUGGAGCUUUUUAAUUUUGGUAAAAAAAGUAAUUGGGGAGAUGAUAGAUGUUUAUAAAAUUAUGAGUCGUGUGGAGAAAGUGCACAGAGUGAAUUUCUUUUCUUCCAUGUCCACAC